AUGUUCCACCUGAACGUUGAAGAUCGUGGACGACUGGGCACGACAGCUACAAUCUUUUUGGAAUCGAUGGUCUCGGCUGACUUGAAUGUGGGGUCAAUGCCCUCAGGUGGAGAAGACGAGGAAAGUUGGUGA